CUGUCUAUCUGUAGGUGUCGUCCGGGCUACGCAGAUAUAUCGAGCUCAUUCGAACGGCUGCCUGGCCGACACUGUAUUGAAGCGGUGAACGAAUGUCGGGAUUCAGCGCUGAAUGAUUGCUCCGAGAACGCCAUUUGUGAGGAUGCCAAGGAAGGCAAUCUGGAUAGCUGCGAUCCGAAGAAGCCAAAAUGUGGUAGCAAUGAAGUGUGCAGCGAUCGCAAAGCCCGUGGUCAAUUCAUCUGUGAAUGCGCUGAAAAUGCUUUCCGUUUCAAAGAUGGAACAUGCCGAUUCUAUGCCGCAUGUGUUGGGGAAAACGACUGUGACAAGAAUGCCGUUUGCGCAAAUGCAUUUGACACAUACAAAUGUCAGUGUCGUCCUGGAUACAUUGAUAUAUCGCCGGAUCCGGAACGAAAACCAGGAAGGGUGUGCAAAGAAUGUUGGUUUUUCCCUGAAAAUUUACAAAUUUUUCAAAAUUAG